UGGUCUGGGACGGAGCCGGGGUGAGCGACCUCAGGAGCCCCCCUCGUCAACCCCCAUCGCCCGCGCUGCCGGUUCUGGAGCGCGGAGUUCGGAACGACCGGGUGCGCUGCGGAUACAAAGGCGCGGAGCGGAGUGGGGCGUGCGCCCAGUCCACCCGGCUGUUCGCAGCGGCGGCUCCCACCUGUGUGCUUCUGGUCUUAUCCCUGUGAGAUUCAUCCUGCAUUGCUCUGAUCAACUUCCUCUCUCUCUGAGUUGACCUGAAACUUCUCACCCUCAACAGGGAGCUGUCGCUUGAAUUUCUCUUGAGAUAAGCCCACUCGUCCAGCAAAAAUAGAGUCCCUCAGGGUGACAGUUGACUUCCUAAAGGUGCCUCUUGGCCUGAAGAAGCCUGUGCUUAAGGAGGUGGCUGUGGGACCCCCCAAGAGGCCCCAGCCCGCGGCCCUGGAGCGCUACAAGGCACGGCGUUCGGACGCCAUGGACACCGAGUCUCAGUACUCGGGCUAUUCCUACAAGUCGGGCCACUCCCGCAGCUCCCGAAAGCACAGGGACCGCCGGGACCGACACCGCUCUAAGAGCCGGGAUGGGAGUCGUGGAGAUAAAUCAGUGACGAUCCAGGCUCCAGGAGAGCCCCUGCUGGACAAUGAGUCCACGAGGGGGGACGAACGGGAUGACAACUGGGGAGAAACAACGACAGUGGUCACAGGCACUUCUGAGCACAGUAUCUCCCAUGAUGACCUCACACGCAUCGCCAAGGACAUGGAGGACAGUGUCCCGCUGGAUUGUUCCCGCCACCUGGGCGUGGCGGCAGGGGCCAUUCUGGCACUGCUCUCGUUCCUCACGCCGCUGGCUUUCCUGCUGCUACCCCCACUGCUGUGGCGGGAGGAGCUGGAGCCGUGCGGGACCGCCUGUGAGGGCCUCUUCAUCUCCGUGGCCUUCAAGCUGCUCAUCCUGCUGUUGGGCAGCUGGGCUCUGUUCUUCCGCCGACCCAAGGCCUCACUGCCGCGAGUCUUCGUGUUGCGAGCUCUGCUCAUGGUGCUUGUCUUCCUGCUCGUCAUCUCCUACUGGCUCUUCUAUGGCGUGCGCAUCCUGGAUGCCCGGGAGCGCAGCUACCAGGGCGUGGUUCAGUUCGCCGUCUCACUAGUGGAUGCCUUGCUCUUCGUGCACUAUCUGGCUGUGGUUCUGCUGGAGCUGCGGCAGCUCCAGCCCCAGUUCACACUCAAGGUCGUGCGCUCCACAGAUGGGGCCAGCCGCUUCUACAACGUCGGCCAUCUCAGCAUCCAGCGAGUGGCAGUGUGGAUCCUGGAGAAGUAUUACCAUGACUUCCCUGUCUACAACCCCGCCCUCCUCAACCUGCCCAAGUCCGUCCUGGCCAAGAAAGUGUCUGGCUUCAAGGUGUAUUCUCUCGGAGAGGAAAACAGCACCAAUAACUCCACUGGCCAGUCAAGGGCCGUGAUUGCAGCCGCGGCACGGAGGCGUGACAACAGCCACAACGAGUACUAUUAUGAAGAAGCCGAGCACGAGCGCAGAGUACGCAAGCGUAGGGCCAGGCUCGUGGUGGCUGUGGAGGAGGCCUUCACACACAUUAAGCGGCUGCAGGAAGAGGAGCAGAAGAACCCCAGGGAGGUGAUGGACCCCCGGGAGGCAGCCCAAGCCAUCUUUGCAUCCAUGGCCCGUGCCAUGCAGAAGUACCUUCGCACCACGAAGCAGCAGCCGUACCACACCAUGGAGAGCAUCCUUCAGCACCUGGAGUUCUGCAUCACCCACGACAUGACGCCCAAGGCCUUCCUGGAGCGAUAUCUGGCUGCUGGACCCACCAUUCAGUACCACAAGGAACGUUGGCUGGCCAAACAGUGGACAUUGGUGAGCGAGGAGCCAGUGACCAAUGGGCUUAAAGAUGGCAUCGUGUUCCUCUUAAAGCGCCAGGACUUCAGCUUGGUGGUGAGCACCAAGAAGGUGCCCUUCUUCAAACUCUCUGAGGAAUUUGUGGAUCCCAAGUCGCAUAAGUUCGUCAUGCGGCUGCAGUCGGAGACCUCUGUGUGACUUUGCAGCAGUCGAGGAGGAGGGAUGUGGGGGUUCCUGCGGAAUGGGAGAGGCUUGGCUCUCUGGCCCUGACACAUUUCUGCCGUCCUACUUCCUCUUGCUCUUGUUCGUUUUUUUUUUUUUUUUGUUUUUUUGUUUUUUACUUGAAGUAACUUAUCCUGUAUUCAGUCUCCUCCCCUCUUCUUCAGUUUUUCCCAUCUGGAAAUCUGGAGAGAACACCUUGCUUUAACAAUGCCUGGGAA